CUCGGAGAUUGAGAUGACUUCCAAAUUUGUUCUCUUGGUUCUUCUUGGUAUUCUUGUUUGCACCACCACUGCAAGAAAGCUUGCAAGCUUAGAGGGUCCUCUUAGUGAUGAGAAAACAUUCUCCUUCGAUAAUUCGAUAUUAGGAGGUGGAGGUGGUUUAGGGGGUGGCAUUGGUGGAGGUGGUGGCUUUGGAGGGGGUGCAGGAGGUGGACUUGGAGGUAUCAGUGGAGGUAUUGGUGGAGGUGGAGGAGGAGGAAUAGGGAUUGGCUCUGGAGGUAUUGGAGGAGGAUUUGGUGGUGGAAUUGGAGGUAGCAUUGGAGGAUUAGGAGGAAGUGUUGGUGGCGGAAUCGGAGGAGGAGGUGGAUUUGGUGGUGGACUCCCUUGA